AUGAUGGGUUUCCGUGGCUACAUUGCGCGGCCAUUCAGCCAGAAUUUCGUCGUCGGAAUCUUGCUAUUCUGCCUCCCCGGCAUAUACACGGCGCUGACCGGUCUCGGAGCCGGCGGCGGGCAUCCCUCCUCGGCCGAUGUGGCCAACAAGACCAAUGCCAUCCUCUAUGGCCUCUUUGCCCUCGUCGGCUUCUUUGGCGGCACGCUCGUCAACGUGCUCCGGCCAAGGACGUGUCUCAUGAUUGGCUCCCUGGGCUAUCCGCUCUACGUCGGCGGCCUCUGGUACUACGACCGAACCGGGCACUCGUGGUUUCCCCUCCUCGGCGGCGCUGUGCUGGGGCUUACGGGCGGCUUCCUGUGGUCGACGGCGGCGUUUGUGCAGUUUGCCUAUGCCCAUGAAAAGGACAAGGCUCUGUACAUUAGCAUUCAGUGGAUGUUGCGCAGUUUCGGCGCCAUGGUGGGAAGCUCCAUCUCGCUGAGCCUGAAUAUCCACCAGACUCGGCCGGUCGGUGUAUCAAACGCCGUGUACAUUGUAUUUAUCAUUUUGCAUGCCAGCGCGUUCUUCAUCGCCAUGGUAUUCAUCGUCCACCCCAAGGAUGUGGUACGGAAAGACGGCACGCACAUUGCGAUAUCGAGAGACACGAAAGUCUGGUACGAGAUCAAAGAGACAAUCAAGCUCAUGACGACGCGCAAAUAUCUCUUCAUGGCGCCUGCGCAACUCGGCUGUGAGAUGGGGCUGGCACUGGUCAGCAGUGUAAACGGUCGCUUUUUUAAUCUGAGAACCAGAUCUGUCAACAACUUUACCUACCAGACAAUCCAAAUACUCAUGCCUGGCCUACUGAUCUGCGUUUUGGACAGCCGCUUCAUCAAGUCCCGUCGCCAUCGUGGCCUUGUCGGCAUGGGAAUCAUGGGAACAAUCGCCAUCGCCGGCUGUGUCGGCCUCAUGAGCUGGCUCAAGGUAAACCACGUCGAGUCGCGUCUAGUAUCCGACCCUUACGACUGGACCGACCCCCAAUUCGGCGGGAUGCUGGCGUGCUUUCUCUUGUUCGGAGCCACUUACGCCGGCUACCAGAUGUGUACCGAAUACACGCUGUCCUCUACCACAGUUGAUCCUGCCCAACUUGCGCGUGUGGCGGGCAUGUUUAAAUUCUACUCGACGUUUGGAAUGAUGAUUUCUUUUCUUCUGGCCGGGGAACGCGUGCCGUUUAUCGGACAAGCCAGCUUACAACUUGCGUUCUUCGUACUUGGAAUUAUCGGCGUAGUCUGGGUGCUUAUAUUCCACGUCGCAGACACUGAUUAUCCUACCCAGGAGGGUCUGCCUACACCGGAAGACGUUGACAAGGAUUUGAAGGAAGAAGAGCGGAAUGUUUGA